AUGUUUCGUCCGACAAUAUAUGCAUUGUCUACGAAACCAGGACGUGCUGCUAUAGGCGUGAUUCGAGUCCUGGGCUCCCACUCGCUGUAUAUCUAUAACCAGCUUACUGCUACCAAGAAACAACCGCUACCGCAGAAAACCAGUGUUCGUAAGUUGUUUAAGCCUGGAACGAAACUGUUAUUGGAUGAAGCAUUGACUUUGUUCUUUAAAGCCCCGAAGACAUAUACUGGCGAGGACUUGUUAGAGUUGCAUGUGCAUGGAGGUACUGCUAUAGUUGAUUCAGUGGUGGAUGCGAUCAAGAAGCUACAUGAUCCAGAGAAGGGCAUUGAUAUACGACAUGCCGAGAAUGGAGAGUUCUCACAAAGGGCGUUCUUGAAUGGCCGUUUUGAUCUUACAGAAAUUGAAGGUAUUCGUGAGAUGAUAGAUGCCGAGACAGAAACUCAGAGAAGAGCUGCAUUGGCUUCGCUUACAGGCGAUACGAAAAAGACAGUCACUGAAUGGCGAACAGACAUUGUCAACAAUGUUGCUCUUCUUACCACCGUGGUGGAUUUUGGAGAGGAACAUGAUCUCGAAGAAACAAACCAGUUGUUUGACCAAGUCGAUGCUAACAUCGAUACACUUAAAGCAAAGAUCCAGGAAUAUCUUGCCAGGGUAAAACUGUCUGAGGUACUUCUUAAAGGUAUAAAGGUCAGUCUUCUUGGACCUACAAACGCUGGAAAACUGUCUCUCUUGAACUACUUGGCAAACAGAGAAACAGCCAUUGUCAGUGAUAUAGCUGGAACCACCAGGGACGUUAUAGAUGUGCCUCUAGAUAUAAAUGGGUACAAAGUGGUGGUUGGCGAUACAGCAGGUAUCAGAUCACUUAAGGAUGCUGACACUAUUGAAGCUGAAGGUAUCAAACGAGCCAAACAGAGGGCCUUGGCGGGCGAUUUGGUGCUAGCCGUUGUCCCAGUAAAUGAACCUGUAACAGAAUCUUUGGUUGAGAACAUCCAAAUCCUUAAAGAUGCUGACCGUCAAAUAGUCGUUGUGCUCAAUAAGGCAGAUUUGACUGAAAGUGUUGACGUUGAACAGUUUUCAGAAGUUCUUGGUUUACCGAAAGAGAACUUCUAUAUUGUAUCAUGCAAAACAGGUCAAGGCAUGAAGGAGCUCCAAGAAACUUUAACAGAACAGUUUAAGUCAGUCACUACGUCGGAGCCAGUGACACUCUCCGGAAGAACGCAGGAUCUUUUGGAAAAUGACGUUCUUUAUGGUCUUGAAGAGUUCAAAAAAUGGAAGCAAGAGGAGGAUGUGAUACUUGCUCUAGAGAGUUUGAGAAUUUCUGCAGAAGGUAUCGGUAAGAUUACAGGUGACGCAGUAGGUGUCGAAGAGAUCUUGGGUGUGGUUUUCCUGAGCUUUUGUAUUGGGAAAUAA